AAUAGAAAAUAGACUACAUGACAUAACUACAAUGUACAUACCAACUGCCGUAUAAAAUGAAAAUACAUGCCGGAAAUAUGGUGAACUGUAAUUUAGUAAUAGAUUAACUAUGAGGGCAGAAAUUAAGGCACCAAUUAAAUAUUGGGCAGUUGUUUCGGACUGAUAUCUAGUGCGCACACUCAAACGGAAGCCGGAAGUUGUAUGCGGAUCGACUGUGUUUCUGAGGAGCCAUCAUAGCUGUUACUUAUGCGACAACACUGUUAUGUGGGAAAGGUAUCGCGACUUCAUGGCUAUACAGAUGUGCAUUUAUAAAACGUAUGCAUGACCGUGUCCAUUACUGCAUUUGGGGACUUUUAAAAGAAAAGAGACCGGUGACGUGAGAGUGAUGUCGACCAAAACAAACGCAAGUAAAAGCAAAGACAGCGGCGAAGUUAUAAAAAACUACCACAAGCAGGCGUUUGAGUACAUUUCGAAAGCAUUAAGGAUUGACGAAGAUGACUCAGGUGAAAAAGACGAGGCUGUACAGUGGUACAAGAAGGGCAUCGCUGAGCUGGAAAAGGGUAUAGUUGUGGAGAUCAUAGCAGAAGGUGACCAUUAUGAAAGAGCAAAGAGACUACAGGAUAAAAUGAUCAACAAUCUCUCUAUGGCAAAAGACAGACUGGCUCUGUUAGAGACAACACUGGCUUCUAAAAGUAAGAAUGUACCCAAGAAGACCUCAAAUCCGGUGCUACCACAACCACAGCCUAGUCCUAAAAGUCAGCCUGCAGUGCCUGGAGUGUCCACAAACAACAGGCCCUCCACUGCUGUCAGACCUCCAUCAAGAGCCACUGUUUCAAAGGUGACGCCAAAAGUGACAAAAGCUCAAAAUGGAAAACCAUCAGCAGUGAAACAGCCACAAAAAAGAGACAUGAAAAACUUUAAAAAUGUUGACAGCAAGUUGGCCAACUUGAUUUUAAAUGAAAUUGUUGACAGUGGACCGACUGUCUCAUUCGGAGACAUUGCUGGACAAGAUCUGGCAAAGCAAGCACUUCAAGAGAUUGUUAUCCUACCUGCUAUUAGACCAGAGCUUUUCACUGGCCUGAGAGCUCCACCACGUGGUUUGCUUUUAUUUGGUCCACCUGGAAAUGGAAAAACAAUGCUGGCCAAAGCAGUCGCAACUGAGUCGAACGCAACAUUCUUCAACAUUAGUGCUGCAAGUUUGACCUCCAAAUAUGUGGGAGAAGGCGAGAAGCUUGUUCGAGCCCUUUUUGCUGUUGCCAGAGAACUGCAGCCCUCUAUCAUCUUUAUCGAUGAGGUGGAUAGCUUGCUGUGUGAAAGGCGGGAGGGAGAACACGAGUCCUCUCGUCGGUUGAAAACUGAGUUUCUGAUCGAGUUUGAUGGCGUACAUUCAGGAGGAGAUGACCGAGUGCUUGUAAUGGGAGCAACUAACAGACCUCAGGAACUGGAUGAAGCAGUUCUGAGGCGGUUCGCCAAGAGGCUUUACGUGACAUUGCCAGAUGAGCAGACAAGAUGCACACUUCUGAUAAAUCUAUUGGGAAAACAUGGAAAUCCACUCAGCAAGAGUGAAAUGUCCUAUCUGGCAAAACAGACGGCAGGAUACUCAGGCAGUGAUUUGACAUCUUUAGCUAAAGAUGCUGCACUGGGGCCGAUUAGGGAGCUGGGGCCAGUUCAGGUCCGAUCUAUGGCUGCUAAUGAGAUGAGAAACAUCAGGAAGAAGGACUUUGAAGAUUCCCUCAAAAGAAUCAAACCCAGCGUUAGUCCAGCCACUCUCAACAUGUAUGCAAAGUGGAAUGAGGAUUUUGGUGACACAACGGCGUUUUGAACUUAACAACAUAGUUAAAUGUCAAAAAAUGUAAAAAUUACCUUUGAUUCCUUUGUUUUACCGUGUGGUUCACAACAGCAAUAUGAACCUGAAAAAAAAACUUUUGGUUUAUACCUUACAUGUACUAUGUGGGGAAAAGAAUAAUGACUCAAAAAACAACUUUCCUUUUUUUUUUUUUUUUUUUUGGAAAGCACAAACAAGGUUGUGUGUCUUUUGAAUUACAUUUCUUUGAGAUUGUGCUCUUAAAGUACAGUUGUAGCUUUGCUACUUUAAAAAAAACAUAAUUUAUUUUUUUCUCUGACUACUAGAGGGCAGCAAGUUUCUCUAACUUUAGUAAAAACAAUUUCCACAUCCUACAGUGGCAUGGAGUAAUGACAAGUUGAUGGUAUUGGUCACCAAGUGUUCUCUGUACUUGUACAUAAAAAGAAUGAUAGUAAUUGGACAGAAUUUGCCAUGGUGGGCUUUUGUGCGAUAUGUAUUGCAUUUGCUGUUGUUUACAAAUAUAAAUAUUGAAACUGUAUUUGCAAACCGGGAUAAUAACGUUGCUCUAAGUGAUCAUCAAAUCAAACAGAGUUAUGGUAUUGUGUUUGAAAUAUUCGAUUGAGCUGCAGUGUAAAAGCUCCACUUCCCUUUUACACCAAUAAAUGCAUUCACCAAGA